UAUUCAAUCUAAUUUUAUUUAUUAACUGUGAUUGCGCUGACUCACUAAGAUUUCCCAUUUUUUGGGGCCUUGUUUAUUUAAAACUUGUAAUUGGUUGUCAAAGACAUUAUUUUUACUGCACAACCGCCGUUAUUAUCGGCACCCUGAAUAUAUUCAUUAAAUUUUUGAUUUUCAAACUUGAAUAACGCCGUUAUUUCUCAACCGAUUUAAGUCAUUUUGCGCUUAAAAUGUCCGGAAUGACUUUGACUAAAAUAUUUUCAAUAAGCGAGCAUGCUGAGAUGCACCACUUAUGAAUCAUAAAAAUAAAUAUGUUUUCAGGGGAAAAUUUUUGCACAUUUUGGCACAUAACUUGGGUAAACAUCAAAAAUUCGCCAAGUCGACUAGCAAAUCUUUUCUAAAUUACCUAACAAUGAUCUGUGCAAAAUUUCAUCACAAUCGGUUGAGAAACGGCCGAGAAAUCGACUUAUAUCGCUUUUUUUGGGUGGGGUAAAUGCAUACUUAGCAAUUUUUUUUCGUUGUCAGGUAUUUGCCUCACUAAGAAAAACUGGACAUAAAUGAGUGGACACCUUCUCCCCGUUUUUAUAUUUAAAUAAGCCAGAUUCAAACUAUUGCUCAAAGUUUAUUGAAAAUAAAUUAGUACAGCUAACAUGCGAAAGUGGGAAUUUGUGCUUCCAGAUUCCAAAUAAGGUUCGGUUUCGAGAAGUAUAAUUUUUAACGAUUACUUAGUAAUCCGUAAGUUCAUAAACUUCCGUAAAACUUUGUCUACAUGGAUAUUAAGCCAGUUAAAAAAUCCGGAUGUCCCAAGUUCUCUAAAAAGUCCAAAGAAAAGGCGGACGUUGCCACACUUGCGAAACUGAAAUGUCAGAUUUGCAGGAAAAUUUUUAAAAAUCCAAACACCCUACGCCUUCACAUGGCGAGGAUUCACACCAGCCGAGAACGACCCAGGUGUCCCACGUGUCAUCGCGUGUUCUUCAUUUCUGGCAACCUACGAGAGCAUAUUAAAGCCGUCCACGGCACGAAGGAACGACCUCGUUUCCCAUGCACGUUCCCAGGCUGUGACAAAACCUACCUACAAAAGAGUGAAGCUGUGAGACACGCAAAAAUUGAACAUGCCCAAAAUCCGGUCCGAUUUCGGUGCACACUUUGCGAAAAAGAGUUUAAAACUAAGGGAAAACUUGGGAGACAUAUUCUCAGCCAUACUACAGAAAAACCGCACAAUUGUGCCACCUGCGGGAGGAGUUUCGCCGAGGUGGAAACCCUGAAAUCUCACGAGACAACACAUUUGGACAAAUCUGCCCGAGACGUGUUCCAGUGUCGCAUUUGUCCUCAGAUCUUUCUAACUAAAAGUGGACUACGACGCCACAUCCGCGAUGCGCAUGAAAAUCAGAGGAAUUACCCGUGCGCAUUUUGUGACAAGAGAUACUCGUGCGCAUCAUACUUGAAGGGUCACGUGGAGAGAAAACAUGCCACGAAUAAAGAGCUGAUUCAUUCCUGCGACAAAUGCGAGUACAAAGGUCAUGCAAAACGCAAUUUAGCUCAACACGUACGAAUCCAUAAUGUUGAGAGUUGGAGGGAGUGUUAUUUUUGCCAGAAGAAGUUUGCCAGAUUCGCGGAUUUGGUCAAACACUGUAGUCGAAUUCAUUGUCUGGAGAAAUGAGAGAGUUAAUUUGUUUCAUUUGUGCUUAUACUAAAGUUUCCUCUUGGUUUAUUGUAGUAAUUUUCAUGUAAAAAUGUGUUUUAGCUUUAGUUUGAAUAUUACGUUUUUGUAAUUUUUGAGUUAAUCCCAUUCAGAAAUUGGCGACAUCCCCCAUUCUGUAUUUUGUAUGGUAGUCUGAGUCAGAAUUUCUGCUCAUAAUUCGGCUGGCGCAUCGAGGCGUUUAUUUGACGGAAAUUUGCCCAUGAAUACUUUAACGCUGUCCAAAAAUUGCAACAAAAUCAGAACAUAUUUAUUGA